AUGGCGUCCAAAGCAAUUCCUUCACACCUGCGACCUCAGGCCGCCGCCAACGGCUCUGCAGAAGCCCCCAGACAUCAUGGAAAGACACAAUCCCACGUGGCUUUCGAGAACACAUCUACGAAUGUCGCAGCCAGUCAGAUGCGAAAUGCACUGAACCAGUUGUCUGAGACGGUCGAUGACCCUUCCCAGAAGAAGAGAUUUGAGGCUGAGAUGGACAACUUCUUCGCUUUGUUCCGAAGAUAUCUCAAUGAUCGAGCUAAGAGCAAUACAAUUGACUGGAACAAAAUCAAUCCACCUGCACCAGAACAGGUGGUCAACUAUGACAAGCUCCCCAACAGUGAUGCGGUCGACUUCUUGAACAAGCUCGCAGUCGUCAAGCUCAAUGGCGGUCUCGGUACUUCCAUGGGUUGCGUAGGUCCCAAGUCUGUCAUUGAGGUUAGAGACGGCAUGUCCUUCCUCGAUCUCUCCGUCAGACAAAUCGAAUACCUCAACCGAACCUACGAUGUCAACGUCCCAUUUGUCCUCAUGAACUCGUUCAACACUGACGACGACACUGCCUCCAUUAUCAAGAAGUACGAGGGUCACAACAUUGAUAUCCUGACCUUCAACCAGUCCCGAUAUCCUCGUGUCCUCAAGGACUCCCUUCUACCUGCACCAAAAUCCUUCAAGUCGCAGCUCUCAGACUGGUAUCCUCCAGGUCACGGUGACGUGUUCGAGUCUUUGUACAACUCAGGCAUGCUUGACCAGUUGAUUGAAAGAGGCGUUGAGUACAUCUUCAUGUCCAACGCUGACAACUUGGGUGCCGUGGUUGAUCUGCGAAUCCUGCAACACAUGGUUGAAACUAAGGCUGAGUACAUCAUGGAGUUGACAGACAAGACCAAGGCCGACGUCAAGGGUGGUACCAUCAUCGACUACGAGGGCAAGGCUCGUCUCCUGGAAAUUGCUCAAGUUCCAAAGCAAUACGUCAAUGAAUUCAAGUCGAUCAAGAAGUUCAAGUACUUCAACACCAACAACAUCUGGAUGAACGUCAAGGCCAUCAAGCGAGUCGUCGAAGAGAACGCUCUUGAGCUUGAGAUCAUUCCCAAUGAAAAGUCCAUCCCUGCUGACAAGAAGGGUGAGGCCGAUCUAUCUGUUCUCCAGCUAGAAACUGCUGUUGGCGCUGCCAUUCGAUUUUUCAAGAACGCUCACGGUGUCAACGUCCCAAGAAAGCGAUUCUUGCCUGUCAAGACUUGCUCUGAUCUCAUGCUCGUGAAGUCCAACCUCUAUACACUCAGCCACGGACAGCUGGUAAUGGAUGCUUCACGAUUUGGUCCUGCCCCUCUCAUCAAGUUGGGUGGUGAUUUCAAGAAGGUUGCUCAAUUCCAGAAGAGAAUUGGCAGCAUUCCAAAUAUCGUCGAGCUUGACCACUUGACUGUUACUGGUGAUGUCAACUUCGGUCGAGGCAUCGUUCUUAAGGGCACUGUCAUCAUUGUGGCUACCGAGAACAGCACCAUUGAUAUUCCUCCCGGUUCUGUCUUGGAGAACGUGGUUGUACAGGGCAGCCUGAGAAUUCUCGAGCAUUAA